AUGCCAAUCAUUUUUACUGAAGACUCUAUAAUGGUUAAGUAUUUUGCUAUUGCUCUCAUACUGAUUGUUGGUGUGAACAGAGUAGCCCCGACUGAAACUUUAAGAAGCAUAACGGGAAGUUUCUUGAAAGUAUUGGAAGAAUGUAGGAAAGAGCUUACCAUCGGUGACAAUGUCCUCGCCGACAUGUACUAUUUCUGGAAGCAAGACCGAGCUUUGAUGCACCGCGAUACAGGCUGCGCGAUAGUUUGUAUGAGCCAAAAGCUGAACCUUCUCGAUGAUUCCGGCAAACUUCACCACGGGAAUGCGCAUGAGUUCGCACUACGGCACGGCGCUGCGGAUGAUAUGGCGGCAAAGUUAGUGUCAACGGUCCACGCUUGUGAGGAGCAACAUCUAUCUGAAGAGGACAAGUGUCUCAGAGCUUUAGAAGUCGCUAAAUGCUUCAAGACAGCUAUGCACGAGAUCAACUGGGCACCUAAAGUAGAUGUGGUCAUCACCGAAAUACUAACAGAAGUA